AUGAUGAGCGGCGGCGGCAGUGGCAGCGGCAGCGGCAGCGGCGCGGGGCCGAGCAGCUCCAGCUUCGAGCGGCACGCCAAGCGGCGGCCCCCGGCGACGCCGGCGUCGGACCAGCAGCGGAAGCUGCUGCGGCUGUCGAUGCAGCAAGGGCAAGGGGAGGAGGACGCGCUGGCGGCGGGCGUGGUGCCGCCGGUCACCGUGGUCCUGGACGGGCGCUGCAUCUGCCACCGCAUCCACCUCAGCGGCCACACCGGGUACCGCAGCUUCGCGGGCGCCCUCCGCCGCAUGUUCGUGGACGACGCGGCCGAGGGCGACGACGACGGGCUCGACCUCUCCAAUGCCGUCCCCGGGCACGUCGUGGCGUACGAGGACAUGGAGGACGACCUCCUCCUCGCCGGCGACCUCAACUGGAAGGACUUCUGCCGUGUGGCGAAGAGGAUCCGGAUCAUCCCGGCCAAGUCGACGACCCGAAGGAUCAAGCAAUGCGGGGGCGCGGUGAACUAG